CAGUCGCCAAUAAAUAUAAGAACAGCCACCUCCAGGUUCCACUCAAAGAUGCGUCCAGAAUUGAUAAAUCUCGGCACUCGUCUACCAGCAAAAACAAGGAAUAACGGACACUCACCAAAGUUUGAAACUGAUUACAAUGUUAUUGGACUUCGAGGGGUUCCAUUUUCGCAUCAAGAUUUAUACUUCUUCAAAGAAUUGCAUCCCCACAUAGGAAACACAUUUCAAAGUGGAUCAGAGCAUUCCGUGGAUGGAAAUUUUAAACCUAUGGAGAUUCAUAUGGUAUUCUGGAACUCCAAUUACCGGGAUAUAGUACACGCUAAAUCAAAGCCCAGGGGACUAGCAGUUAUUGGUGUAAAUGUAGAGGUUGGUGAUCCAGCAGAUGACAUUUAUGUUGAAGAACAAGAGAAGUAUAACCCACUGCCUCCUCAACACAUAUACAACAAAUGCACUUGCACGAAUGACUUUUUCUACGGCCACGUGUGCCGACAGCUGGGCCUGUGCAGGUGUUCAAGUGACAAGGAUUGCCCAUUUGGAGGCAAAUGUCGCUCACUGGGACGUGUUCCUUAUUGUGGUAAACCACACACUUGUAGAGUGCGGUAUGCACACAAGUUUAGUCAACUUGCAGAAAAGUAUUUUCCACUGAUUGAGUUCCCGGAAAAACAUGCUUCACACCGAGGAGAAAUGAGGUACCUACAAGUUCCGGAAGGCGUCACGCCGGAAGACGCUCUGCCGUACGAUGGCGGAUUUUACACCUAUCGGGGAUCCCUUACCACGCCUCCCUGCUUUGAAACAGUCCAAUGGAUAAUGAUGAGAUGCCCUAUAAAGGUUUCACGGGCGGCUUAUCAUGCCCUUGCAAUGAUGAGAGAUGUACGUGGUAACUUCCUGUCACGUGACGGAGUAAAGAGACCAAUACAACGUGGUCUUCCAGGAUUCCCCCCUAUUCAGGUGUACCGGAAUUUCUUGUGGGAAACAACGGGAAAAGAAGUGCCAUUUUAUGACGUCUCGGAAAUUCAGAAGAACAACGUGUAUUAGAGCAUGCAUUUUAUUGUCGAUAAGUCUAAGAAUUCCAAAUGUUUGCUCUGAAUAAUGUUAUUGCGGGCCAAUAAAUCUAUGUUGGACCAUGCUCUGCGGAAACUGUACUUAGAGCUCUACAGAUCGGAGAAAACAUGCGCAGACACACACACACGCACGCACACACACACACACAAUCAGAGAAAAAAAUAAUAGUCAAAUGUUUUAUUUCGGUGGUGAUAACCGUAUUCCUAAUUCAUACAUGGACUCAAUCAAAUCAAACGAAAUCUAGUAAAGCAGUAGCAUCUUGAAUCAAAGUAUUUCUACAACUAAUAAAAAAGAAUGU